GAUGGAUGUUAGACCUUCUUUCUACGACUAUAGAUUGGAAAAAUCAUCAACUAGUACUUCUUUAACAAGAUUCACAUCAUCUUCUCAAUCAACCGAACCGAAAAAAUCUAGCACAGUUCCAGACUUUUCCAAGGUUUACGGCUCAAUUUUACAAUCGAAGAGUUCAAAUUCAACACUUUCACCUAAAGGAGUACAUAAAGAUGUUGAAGAGAUUUACAAAGAAAUGAAAUUGAACCCAUUUCAAGCAGUCGUAAAGAAAUUGCAGAAAAAAUUAAACUGUGUUCAAAUACUUACAAUUUUAAUGCUUCUAGUAAUAAUUGGAGGAUUUGGUUUCGCAAUUUAUAGAUUGGUGGAUAGUCAAAUUAAAGAGUAG